AUGGCGACUCCGCCUCCCGAGGUUCCUCCUGUCACCAAGGAGGACAAGCCUCAAUUGCCCCCAUCGCCCACUGGUCCUUCUGCGCCUGACUACCCACCCACCAGCGCGCAAAAUGUCGCAGUGAAUCCCAAAAGUGACAGUCCCGCGGAUACCGAGGUUAAAUCGCCUGCGCUGAAUGGUCACACCCCCAUCGCGCCUUCGAACACCAAUGGCACAAUCGUUGCUACCUCACCGCCUAAGUCCCCCGAUCCUCAAACCUCCGAUAUUGUCCACAACAAGACACCAUCUGCCGCGGGAUCUGCUCCACCCGCGGAGACAGAGCCGACCGAAGGAAAGAUCAGCCCUCCGCAGGGCCAGGAAUCUGCCACUCCUGCUCCAGCCAACGAUGCGGCUGAAAGUGUCGUUUCGUCCGCCCCGCAAGCUGCUGUACGCGCUCCUACAGUUCCUGCAUCAACAGAUGGUCCUAGUGACACACCCGAGCCAAUGGCAAUCGAUACCCCUCGGGAUGUUUUGACUGCCGUGCAAACAGACCUGCCUCAUCAUCCUACCCCGGCUGCUGCACCACCUGCACUCACCGCGCCGCAUCCCGUUGACCAGGAGAUGAAGGACGCAUCAGAGGCUCCGCUAUCUCCUUCUAAGGUUUCCCGACAACGGGAUGCUGAUCUCAGCGAAGAACCAGCUCCUAAGAGGACCAAGGUUGAAGGCGAUGACUCCGUUUCUAACUUCCAGUCACCGGGAUUCAGCUCCCCAGCUGCUGCAACACCUGGUCCAAAUCGCACUAGUGGCGGGCCAGGGCUCACUAAAAUGCAACAUAAGUUCAUUUCAAAGAGCCUUACAAGCCUCAAGCGCAUGCACGAUGCGCGUUUCUACAAGGAACCCGUGGAUGCUGUCAAGUUGAACAUUCCGCAAUACCACACUAUUAUCACCCAACCAAUGGACCUAGGAACUAUGGAAAGAAAGCUCAAGAAUAACCAAUAUUCUUCCCCCCAGGCAGUCGCAGAUGACUUUGCACUGAUGGUCAAUAAUACAACCAUCUUCAAUGGCGCCGACCACCUGGUCACCCAAGAGGGGAUCAAGCUGAAGGCGACAUUCGAGAAGCAGAUGACUAAUCUUCCCAAGCCCGAAGAGGUUGAAGAGAGGAAGCCAAAGAAGCACACCGAGAAGACCUCUGCUGCUCGCCGGGAGCCUCGGACUUCUCUGCCAAGCCAGCCCAAGGCUUCCUCUCCCCCGUCUCAGACAUUUGCGCUAGGACCCGAAGGUCUGCCCGUCAUCCGCCGCGAUUCUUCCAACCCCGAUGGUCGCCCCAAACGGUCCAUUCAUCCCCCGAAGCGUGACCUUCCAUAUUCUACCAAGCCCAAGAAGAAGAAGUUCCAAUGGGAAUUGCGCUUCUGUCAGGAAGUCUUGGAUGAGCUGCACAAGCAAAAGCACUACAGCUGGGUGAUGCCUUUCUAUUAUCCCGUGGAUCCCGUUGCUUUGAACAUUCCCACCUACCACAGCGUGAUCAAGAAGCCGAUGGAUCUGUCGACUGCUCAAUCCAAACUUAAGACCGGCCAGUACGAAAAUGCGAAGGAGUUCGAAAACGAUGUCCGCCAGAUUUUCAAGAAUUGCUACCGCUUCAAUAUCCCCGGUGACCCCACUUACAUCUGUGGCCAGCGCGCUGAAGAAAUCUUCAACGCAAAGUGGGCCCAGAAGUCGGACUACCUCGAAGCGCAUGAACCACACCCCGAGCAGAACACUGAUUCUUCUGAUGAAGAUAGUGACGAGGAUGCGGAAGAGAGCGAAGAAGAUGACGAGAAACUCACGCUGCUUCAGAAGCAAAUUGCUGAGAUGUCUCGUCAGGUCGAGGCUAUUACCAAUAAGAAAAAGAAGACUCCUCCUUCCUCCAAGAAGGUUGGCAAGGCGAAGCUUGCCAAGAAGGAUUCCAAGAAAAUCAUCUCUGGAAAGAGAGACAAGAAGAGCAAGAUCUCUCAACCUGGCAAAACCCGCGCCAUCACCUACAACGAGAAGCAGAUCAUCUCGAAUGGUAUCAGUAGUCUCCCUGAUAAGAGGAUGCAACAAGCCCUCCAAAUUAUCCAGAACAAUGUUCCUCAACUCAAGGGUACCGACGAGGCUGAAAUUGAGUUGGACAUCGACGAGCUCCCUAACGAUGUCUUGCUGAAGCUGCUCAACUUCGUGAAGAAGCACGUACCGAAUCUCAUGGAUGAUGAAGACGAAGACGAUCUCCCUGCCAGCAAUGUGGCACCUCCCAAACCCAAGAAGAACAAGCCAAUGAGCAAGUUCGAGCAGGAAGCUCAGAUCAACAUGCUCCAGAGCAACCUUUCUCGUUUCCAGGGUGGCGCUCACUCUCCCGAUCCAGUGGCCUCUGUUGAACACAACGAAAGCAGCGAUGAUGAGUCUGAUUCGUCCGAGGAGGAGAGCGAGGAGGAGUAA